GCAAAUCGGGCUGGGAACCACUGUUGCCUUUUAAGACCAUAAAACCAUGGGAAACGCAGAAAGUCAAAAUGGAGAGCAUGAGUUUUAUGGAGAGAAGCACCCCAUCCUGGGGCGCAAGCACACGUCGCGCUCGCUACGCCUGUCGCACAAGCCACGCAGGGCCAGGCACGCGUCCUCGGGGAAGGUGAUCCACCGCAACUCGGAAGUGAGCGCGCGCUCCAGCAGCACCCCCAGCAUCCCCCAGUCCCUGGCUGAAAAUGGCCUGGAGCCCUUUUCCCAGGAAGGCACCCUGGAGGACUUCGGGAGCCCCAUAUGGGUGGACCGCGUGGAUAUGGGUUUGAGACCGGUGUCUUUCACCGAUUCCUCUGUCACCCCCAGCGUGGACAGCAACAUCGUGCUCACCGCCGCCUCUGUGCAGAGCGUGCCAGACUCGGAGCAGAGCCGGCUCUCCGGGGAUGACGCUACAUGCUUGGCAGAGGGAGGCAGGAGGCAGCGUCCCUAUACCUCCAACGGGCCCGCAUUCAUGGAGACGGCAAGCUUCAAGAAGAAACGCUCCAAAUCAGCAGACAUCUGGCGGGAGGACAGCCUGGAAUUCUCACUCUCUGAUCUGAGCCAAGAACAUUUAACAAGCAACGAAGAAAUCUUGGGUUCCGCGGAAGAGAAAGAGAGCGGGGAGGCUCGGGGGAUGGAAACCCGCGCGAGUCCGCGGCAGCUCAGCACCUGUCAGCGUGCCAACUCCCUGGGUGACUUGUAUGCGCAGAAAAACUCUGGGGUGACGGCGAACGGGGGCCCCAGGAGCAAAUUUCCAGGCUAUUGUCGGAAUUUGGUGUCUGAUAUUCCCGAUCUUGCAAACCAUAAGAUGCCACCAGCUGCUGCCGAAGAGGCUCUUCCGUACAGUAAUUAUAACACACUUCCCUGUAGGAAAUCGCACUGUCUUUCUGAAGGUGCCGCCAACCCACAAAUUAGCCAUAGCAACAGCAUGCAAGGCAGAAGAGCCAAAACAACUCAGGAUGUUAACACCGGGGAGGGCAGUGAGUUUGCAGACAGCGGGAUCGAAGGAGCCACCACCGACACGGACCUCCUGUCCAGGCGGUCCAAUGCCACCACCUCCAGCUACUCGCCCCCCGCCGGCCGUGCCUUCGUGGGCAGCGACAGCGGCAGUAGCUCCACUGGGGAUGCGGCCCGCCAGGGGGUGUACGAAAAUUUCCGGCGGGAGCUGGAGAUGAGCACCACCAACAGCGAGAGCCUGGAGGAGGCAGGCUCUGCGCACAGCGACGAGCAGAGCAGCGGCACGCUGAGCUCGCCCGGCCAGUCGGACAUCCUGCUCACAGCCGCUCAGGGCACCGUGCGCAAGGCAGGGGCGCUGGCCGUCAAGAACUUCCUGGUGCACAAGAAGAACAAGAAGGUGGAGUCGGCCACCCGCAGGAAGUGGAAGCACUACUGGGUGUCCUUGAAAGGGUGCACGCUCUUCUUCUACGAGAACGAUGGCCGGUCCGGAAUCGACCACAACAGCAUCCCCAAGCAUGCUGUCUGGGUGGAGAACAGCAUCGUGCAGGCGGUGCCCGAGCACCCCAAGAAAGACUUCGUCUUCUGCCUCAGCAACUCCCUGGGCGACGCCUUCCUCUUUCAGACCACCAGCCAGACGGAGCUUGAGAACUGGAUCACUGCCAUCCACUCGGCUUGUGCGGCGGCUGUUGCCAGACACCACCACAAGGAAGACACACUCCGGCUCCUGAAGUCAGAAAUCAAGAAGCUGGAACAGAAGAUCGACAUGGACGAGAAGAUGAAAAAGAUGGGCGAAAUGCAGCUGUCUUCAGUCACUGAUUCAAAGAAGAAGAAAACAAUACUAGAUCAGAUCUUUGUUUGGGAGCAAAACCUGGAACAGUUCCAAAUGGACCUGUUUCGUUACCGCUGUUACUUAGCUAGCCUCCAAGGCGGGGAGCUGCCGAAUCCCAAAAGGCUCCUCGCUUUUGCCAGCCGACCGACCAAAGUGGCAAUGGGCCGCCUUGGAAUCUUCUCGGUGUCAUCUUUCCAUGCCUUGGUGGCAGCACGCACUGGUGAAACUGGAGUGAGAAGGCGAACUCAGGCCAUGUCCAGAUCUGCAAGCAAACGAAGAAGCAGGUUUUCUUCUCUCUGGGGUCUGGACACUACCUCCAAAAAGAAGCAGGGACGCCCAAGCAUCAAUCAGGUGUUCGGUGAGGGGACUGACGCUGUAAAGAAAUCUUUAGAGGGAAUAUUUGAUGACACUGUUCCAGAUGGCAAGAGGGAAAAGGAAAUGGUCUUGCCGAGCGUCCACCAGCACAAUCCUGACUGUGACAUUUGGGUCCAUGAGUAUUUCACUCCGUCCUGGUUCUGUCUGCCCAAUGACCAGCCAGCUCUGACGGUCGUCCGGCCAGGAGACACGGCUCGGGACACUCUGGAGCUCAUCUGCAAGACACACCAGCUGGAUCCCUCUACUCAUUACCUGCGCCUGAAAUUUCUGAUAGAAAACAAAAUGCAAGACUACAUUCCCAAGCCCGAGGAGGACAUUUAUGAGCUGCUGUACAAAGAAAUUGAAAUUUGUCCAAAAGUCACUCAGAGCAUCCAGAUUGAGAAGUCAGACACAGCCGGUGAUAAUUAUGGCUUCUCGCUUUCUUCUGUGGAAGAGGAUGGUGUUCGAAGGCUCUACGUGAGCAGUGUGAAGGAGACAGGCCUAGCUUCCAAGAAAGGUCUGAAAGCGGGAGAUGAGAUUCUCGAGAUCAAUAAUUGUGCUGCUGGUACUCUGAACUCAUCUAUGCUCAAAGAUUUCCUCACUCAGCCCUGCCUGGACCUCCUGGUGAGGACCUACCCUGAGCUGGAGGGAGGAGCCGAGCUGCUGGAGAGUCCCCCGCACCGCGUGGACGGCUCUGUGGACCUCAGCGAGAGCCCCCUGGCUUUCCUCACCAGCAACACAGGGUACAGCCUCUGUAGUGAGCAGAGCAGCAGCGCCGAGACAGCCCCAGAGGAGAGCGAAGGACCAAGCUUGGAAUCCUCCGAUGACACCGACCACAGCAGCAAGAGCACAGAACAGGUGGCCGCGUUUUGCCGCAGUCUGCAUGAGAUGAACCCCUCGGACCCCAGCCCGUCUCCUCAGGAUCCCACGGCGCCACAGCUGGCCACCAUGAGACAGCUGACAGACGCCGACAAGCUGCGCAAGGUCAUCUGUGAGCUGCUGGAGACCGAGCGCACCUAUGUGAAGGACCUAAACUGUCUCAUGGAGAGAUACCUAAAACCUCUUCAAAAAGAGACGUUUCUCACCCAAGAUGAGCUUGAUGUGCUUUUCGGAAAUUUAACCGAAAUGGUAGAGUUUCAAGUAGAGUUCCUUAAAACUCUGGAAGAUGGUGUGAGACUGGUCCCUGAUUUGGAAAAGCUUGAGAAAGUGGAUCAGUUCAAGAAAGUGCUGUUCUCUCUGGGGGGAUCCUUUCUGUACUAUGCUGACCGCUUCAAGCUCUACAGUGCCUUCUGCGCCAGCCACACGAAAGUCCCCAAAGUCCUGGUGAAAGCCAAGACUGACACAGCAUUCAAGGCCUUCUUGGAUGCCCAGAACCCAAGGCAGCAGCACUCAUCCACGCUGGAGUCUUACCUCAUCAAGCCCAUCCAGAGGAUCCUCAAGUACCCACUGCUGCUGAGGGAGCUCUUUGCGCUGACGGACGCGGAGAGUGAGGAACACUACCACCUGGACGUGGCCAUCAAGACGAUGAACAAGGUUGCCAGCCACAUCAACGAAAUGCAAAAGAUCCACGAGGAGUUUGGAGCUGUGUUUGACCAGCUAAUUGCUGAGCAGACUGGUGAGAAAAAAGAGGUUGCAGAUCUGAGCAUGGGGGACCUGCUUUUACAUACCACAGUGAUAUGGCCCAACCCACCUGCCUCGCUAGGAAAGUGGAAGAAGGAGCCAGAAUUGGCAGCCUUUGUCUUCAAAACUGCCGUGGUCCUGGUGUAUAAAGAUGGCUCCAAACAGAAGAAGAAACUCGUAGGAUCUCACAGGCUUUCCAUUUAUGAGGACUGGGACCCCUUCCGGUUUCGGCACAUGAUCCCCACCGAAGCUCUGCAGGUUCGAGCGCUGGCAAGUGCAGAUGCAGAGGCAAAUACCGUGUGUGAAAUUGUCCACGUGAAGUCGGAGUCAGAAGGGAGGCCGGAGAGGGUCUUCCACCUGUGCUGCAGCUCCCCAGAGAGCCGAAAGGAUUUCCUGAAGGCUGUGCAUUCGAUCCUGCGUGAUAAGCACAGAAGACAGCUCCUCAAAACCGAAAGCCUUCCCUCGUCCCAGCAAUAUGUCCCUUUUGGAGGAAAGAGAUUAUGUGCAUUGAAAGGGGCCAGGCCAGCCAUGAACAGGGCAGUGUCCGCCCCCAGCAAGUCCCUUGGGAGGAGGCGGCGGCGACUGGCCCGCAACAGGUUUACCAUUGAUGCCGAUGCCAUCUCGGCCAGCAGCCCAGAGAAGGAGCCCCAGCAGCCGCCCGCGGGCGGGGACACGGACCGCUGGGUGGAGGAACAGUUUGACCUUGCUCAGUAUGAGGAGCAAGAGGACAUCAAGGAGACGGACAUCCUGAGCGACGAGGAUGAGUUCUGCGAGGCCGUCAAGGGCGCGGCGGUGGACAGGGACCUGCAGGAGCGGCUGCAGGCCGCCUCCCUCGGCCAGCGCGAGCGUGACCGCGGCCGCCACGCGCUGGAGAGCCAUGCUUCGCGCAUGACGCAGCUCAGGAAGCAGGCGGCGCUGUCCGGCAUCAACGGCGGCCUGGAGAGCGGCAGCGACGAGGUCAUCUGGGUCCGGAGGGAGGACUUCGCCUCCUCCCGGAAGCUCAACACCGAGAUCUGAGGCUGCCGGGCCCCGGCGUGUUGUGUAGAUAGCCCUCGGCCCCCGCCCCGUCCAGCCUCACGCUGCCCCUCGCGCCCCAGGAGGACAGUCCCGGGUCGCGCUCCUGCACACACGGUUCCGGCAGCUGACCCGUGCCGAGGUCCCGUCGCUCCCGAAGGAAACCGUCAUCAGCAUCCCGAGUCAGCGGGCGUCUUGGCUUCUGUGCGCGUCCAGGGCUGUGAUUUCUUCUCGGUGAAUGAGGACCUGAAGAAUGAAAACGAAAAACAUCUCUAGCCCCGGAAAGCACAUGACCCUAGGAGCUCAAGUGUGGACCGCACGGUAGUUAAGGGGCAGCACAAAAAUAGGGAGAAGGACGCCGGUAAAGACCACUUCGUCUGAGAUGCCCACAGAGCCACCUCCCCGCCGGGACAUCCGCCUUCACGCAGAAGGACGCGGCGCGACUGUCCAGCCUGCAGUGUCCUCCUCUCCCUCUUAAAUGUCUGAGCAUAUCUGUGUAUUUCAAGAAUGUGUGAGCAGAGAGGGUGGCGAUUUGUGUUUAAUUGAGCCUUUCUUUUUUUCCUCCUCUGUUUUGGUCUAUGGCCGGUCUUACUCAGUGUCAGUGUUCGGAAGUCCUCGUUUUGCAGAGAAUUCUAAAGAUGCCAAACUCCUUGAACAGAGAUCCAAAUGUAUCACUUGAAAAAUAAAACACUAUUUUUUGUAUUUUACCUGAGAUGCAGGGGCACAAACAGAUAGGGAUUUUACAGUGUUAGUGUAACUCUGAGUCUUAAAAAAAAUGAGGCUUUUACCUUUUACAGAGAGUGAGGCAUAGUGAUUUUAUAUUUAUAUAUGAAAAGUCAGCAAGAUGCUUGUGCUUAGGAGGGGCCCUUUUUUU